AUGGGCGGCCCGACCCUCGGGCCGCCGGAGGGGCAGCUGAGCCCGUCGCUGCGCCCGCUGCGGCGGGCGUGGCCGCGGGUGCAGCAGCGGGCCGCGCCGCUGGAGCCCCCUGCAGCCGCGGCGCCUCAGGUGGCGGUGCGCGUGGAGAGCGGGCCGGCCGAGGCGCCCAGGCCCGAGGGCAGCGGCCCCGGGCCCGCGGCGGCGGCGCGGGAUUGGCCGUCCCCGAUGCAGUUCCUGCUGGACUGCGGCGGGUCCCCCGCCCGCGGCGCGCAGGGCGCGCGGGAGGCGGGCGGGGCGGAGCCGCCGGCGCCCUCCGACCGGACGGGCGAAGGUUCGGCGGGCGCGCAGCCCGUGCAGCCGGGCGCACCCUCGGAGCCGGCCCACCCGCGCCCGGGGCCGCCGCCGCCGCAGCCCCAGCCGGGCAGGUGGAGCCUCGGCUCGGCGCGCAGCCACGGCACGGCGACCACCCCGCCAGGGCCCUCGUCCGUGCUGCCCGUGGCCCUGCCGAUCGCGGCCAAGCAGCGCGUGCCGCACCCCGAGGCGGAGGGCAGCCCCAGCUUGGCCGACGCUGCCCCGGAGUCGCUGGCGCGCGCGCCCGCUGCGCCGCUGCCCGGCCCCGGCACAGCGCUGGCACUGGAUCAGGACCAGCCGCCGCUCCCGAGCUGGGCCUCGGGCGUGCUGAGCUUGCCGCAGACAUCCAAGUACGUCUUCCCCGGCGACAGCGCCCCGGGGCCCGCUCAGCAGGCAGAGGGGGCGUCGGACGCCCCAGCGAGGCCCGCCUCCGCGCAGGAGACGGGCAGAUACGAGUACUCGUCCCUGGAGCCCUACCCGCAGCCGCACAAGCCGCACGAGGACCAGCGCCGCUGGGCGGAGCGGGAGUUGUCGGGCCUGGUGGCGCCCGAGCUGCUGGAGAGGCUGACGGCCGAAGAGCUGCGGGAGCUGGCGUCCGUCGGCGGGGCGGUGCCGAGGUCCGCGCCCGCCGUGCCGGGCUGCAGGAUCGGCGAGAGGAGCCACCACCAGCGCCAGGACGCCCGCGACGCCGACUGCCUGCCGGCGGGGGAGGGCGUGUCCUCCUCCCCCCCUUCGGCGCCCAUGGUGCUCCGCGCCGCUCCAGGGGGCGCUGGCGAGCUGCAGCCCCAGGGAGGCAGCCCGGCGGGCUCGGACGUGCACGUGGGGGACGCGGCGGGCGGCAGCCCGGUGGGGCAGGGCCGCGGGGGGUGCGGCUCCGACCAGCAGGCGGACGCGGGUGCCCAGUGGCCGCCAGCGUACGCCGACGAUGCCCUGCGCCUGCGCUGGGGCGGCAGCCCCACGAGGAGGUUGAGCUACCCCUCGUCGGAGGCCAACCUGGACGACAUCCUGCCUGGCGACCCCUCAAGCACCGACCUCCCCCCCACCGCGGGCAGCGACUCCCAGUGGAGCGACGAGCUGAACAGGACCAGUGCCCUCCACGAGCCGCCCGGCCUGGCGGCCGCCAUCGCUCAGGCCGAGAUGGUGCUCGACCACGAACUGGGACAGCCAGCACACCAGAACACCGACACACCAGCGGAGGUGAUGCUCGACGAGUCCGUGCCUGCGGCCGUGGACGCCCAGCGCAGCCUGCGCCUGGAGAGGAACGAGCAGGUCCUGAACAGCCUGGCCGAACAGGCCCAGCGCCUGCUGCGUUCCGCCGUGCCGCGGCCGCAGGGCCGCGCGGGGUAGGGUCCCCGCCGGGAGUGCAGCUCGCGCGCGGGCCGUCCGCGGGCGGUCGUAGGAGGAGGUUCCAAUGCUGAAAAAUGGAUGGAGGAGGUCCAGAAGGGAGCCGGCCCCCCGGGUAGGACAGACGCAAAUGCAGCGUGUCAGCCUUCGCCCCACGGCGUGGCCUGGGGCGUCGUUUUUAUUUUUACGCUCGAGCGUGGGUGGCCUUUGACCACCGCGUGCGAGACGUAGUCGCUUCUUGUGUGAUUGUUUUUCUACGCGCGGGCCUUAUGCGCCCAGCCCCGGCCUCGCGGCCGCACCGGCGCGAAAUCUGCGAGCCCGGCCGCGAGGCAACGGAGGCGUGUCUGGUGGCAUUGUCAAUGUACUGGGCUGCGACCUCUGACCUCGCAGUGGAUGAGAAGGGUCAAUGCAUGUGCCUCGGGGCGCCCCCACCGAAGGGGCUCCCACAUCGUAGCAGGUCGCGCGAGCGCGACGGGUCAAGGAAAACAGGAUCGUCGACCUCUCUUCGUUGCUUGCUUGCCCUCAA